GCUUUUUCCACCACUGUAUCUUCACCAUCAGGUCCAGAAACACCGUAAAUUGUUCGUUUAAAUAUUUAUUGCAACGUAAAUAAAUAAAUAAAUAAAUAGUCGCGAGCAUUACAAUUUAAUUGUUUUAAAAAAUUGAUUUGUUAUUUUUUUUAAACGGAAUUAUUGGUUUUCAUCAGCAACCACUUGUUGGAAAUUGUACUAGAGUUCAAAGCGCACAAUGAAUCUCGUCACGUCAACAACUUUGAUCAUCUUGAGUAUACUCUCAGGAGAGAUUCUGGGCAUGCCUCCAGCCCAGUGCAAUCCGAACUUUCUGGACGAGGUACCACCGAAGAUUCGCAAGGUCUGCGUCGCGCUGUCGACUAUUUACGAACUUGGUGCGGCCAUGGAAAAUUACAUUGACGACAAAGGUAAACCAAAACCACGACAUCCUGAUAUAUUAGGAUAUCGUGAAAACGUACCGAUGAUGAACGGAGUAAAACGUCAAGACGUCGACCAUGUAUUUCUACGUUUUGGAAAACGACGCUAAGAUUAUUAACUGAAGGACUUGCAUUAGAUUUAACCGAACUUGUAAAGAAGAGUCUAAUCUAUAAAAAAAUUAAUCAGCUAAAUAAUUUUUAAAAAACUGGUAUUUUAUUUUGAUUUUUUUAUCUGAGCUAACUAUCGUCAAAAAUCAAAAGUAAGUUAACUAAAAAUAAUAAUUUCUAUUAUUGUCAUUUUUCCAAGUAGUGGAAUAUUUAUAAAUAAUUUUAUAAAGUAGAUUAUAUAUUUUAUGAAAUUGAUAGUUAAAAAAUAUGAAGUUUUCCAUACUGAGACGCUACAGAUGUUACCUAAAAUUAAGUGAUAUUGAUACUUGACUAAAUUCAUCCUAAACCCAAUCAAUCAAUUAAGUAAAUAAAUAUAUAUAUAUACAUAUAUAAAUGAAGUUUAAUAUGAAGUAUUCGUAGAUGGGAAAAGAAUAGCGCUUGGCACGAUUGCUUUCGUGAUUUGUAAUUUUCGAAAAUAAAAUUCCAUCUGAAAAAAUAAAAUUACGAUAAUUUAUUGAAAUUAAAAUUAAAAUUUCGGCAUCGAUUUUUGUCCUAAAAAUCAGUAUUAAAAUUUAAAUAUUUAAAUAACAAUAUUUGUAGUAUACUUACCUUAUAAAUUAUAAUUUGAAUCACAGCAUUAAUUGUUAGUUAUUUAUUUCACUCUCACAACAGACUGAUGCAUUUAUCGAAUAGUGAUAAAUAUUUUUGUUUAUUUAAUUAAGAUGUAUUUAUUAAAAUAGUAACGCAUGCACUGAAUACACAAAUAUCAAGUAAUAUAUUUAUUGUAACAUAUGUG